AUGACGAUGCCUCCCUUUUCUGGUCCCUUCCGGGACAAUAGGAUGCCUACCUCUACCCAAAGAGAUGACCAAGCGUUUCGCAUUCCUAGCAUGUCGUUAGCAUUCGGCAGCAUGGAUCAAACAAGACUGGCCGAGAGCAACAGGGGAUCUUAUUCCACCCCUAACUAUUUCCAACAACUCGCUUUCUUGGGUUCAAAAGGGACUACCGGCGGGUUUGGGUUGCAUCUCAGCCGGUCAAUGAACAACAGCAGCAACAGUACGGUGAUCGACUGGACCAACCGCGAUGCCCCUUGGAACCCGGUGAGGGGGUCGGCUCUACCCUCCCGUAUCGAUGAACCACGCUCCAGCAACUUCCCAAACGGCCUCCAGCACAGGCCCUAUCACAUGCCGUAUGGCCCAUGUAGGGAUGGCACUGUGUUAUCAGACUGCGAUUCCAAUAUCAUCACUCCUUCAGACUCGGGAUAUGGGAGUGCUGCAAGAGUGAGCGUUGGCAACCCCUCUAUCCCUGGCGACCUUGAUCGUGGCCCUGAGACACAAAGCGUCAAUGAAGAUCUUGCACAAUUCUCCUUCCAGGAUGCUAGCUCUCACCCUUCCCAGGUCGGCGAGAGGGACCGCCACCACUCUCAUUACAAUGACUCAAGAGCCGCUCAAUUCUCGCUGAUUCCACCUACGAGAGAUACCAAUCUAUGGUGUCAAGAGUGUAAAAAGCUUUUGAAGACCCCAUCCGAGAAGAACUUUCCCGGGUGUGAUCGCAGCCGUGAAGGAUUCGGCACAACGAACGAUCUCGAUCGGCACAGGAAGAGCAAGCAUUCCAACGGCGAUGAGGGCUACAAGUGCCAUCUUGGUAAUUGUAAAGCUAAGAAGCCCUGGCCGAGAGCAGACAACUUCAAGAGCCAUCUAAAAAAGGUGCACAAGGUCGAUCUCGACCAGGUGAACCUGGAUGAGUUUUUAGUGACUAGUCGAAAUGCGAGUCACAUGUCGGACAACCUUGCUGGCCUUGGCACGUCUAUGGCCUACCCUAUGAUUCCAGAGGACCGUCCUGGAUCCGUCAUACUUACUUCAGGCUAUCCGGAUAUGGAUCAGACCGAUCAUCUUCCCAACAGCAGUAUAGCGGACUCGAAGGAUCCCCUCGGGGGCCAACACUUCGUCCGACGCGACGAUUCAGGCCAGCUCCUGCCCCCUCCUUUCACCCUCUCUCUGAGCCCAGAGGAAUCAGAACUGCAGGAGAGAGUGAAAGCUCCCUCUUGCAUCCAAGCAGACGACGUGCCGUCUGAGGAACUUAAAUCUUGCAAUCCACAACGAACGGACGAUGGUAGACUCAGGGAAGAGUCAUCUUCAUUGCAGGAGAACGGGCAAGAAGUCUCAGAUACGUCAUCAUUCAUUGACUCUGAUGGCCCCGAUGUUUGGCCAGAGACCGCCAAAAGGUUGGACAGCGAUGCCCUUUGUACAAGCGCCCAACAAAGCGACCAGAUAGGGGUGUUCUCAGAUGAUCACGAGCAGACAACGACAUUUGUGAUGGGACCCGGCGAUAACCAGGUGCAUAAUGACUUCGGGAGUACCUCGGAUGACGCAAGAGCACCAUCAAAUUCGACGGAUGCUGAAGGGCCGGUCGAAGCACAGCAGGCCAAGCAACCGCAGGCGGAGUGUUCUGACGUGGAAGACCCGGCAGCAGAAGCUUCGCCAGCUCACUCCCCCAAGAAAGAAGGCCUGUUGGCGGGGCUGGACGCAGACGCCGUAUUGCACGAACUCAAAAGCGUGGACGGACCCAUCCUGGAGCUAGUUCUCAAGAAUCUCAGCGGCUGCGAAAGGCCGAAGCCUCUUCCCGGAAAAACAGGCCAGGCAGUCCCGCCUACACGUGGUGCCAGCAGCAGCAAUACCAGCGGUGAUACUGUGUGCCCGGAGUGUGGGAGCCGGUUUUCUCGACCGAGCGAGUUGAAGAAGCAUAUGAAGCGCCAUAGCAAACCCUACGGCUGCACGUUCCCACAGUGCGUCAAGAAAUUCGGCAGCAAGAAUGACUGGAAGAGACAUGAGACCAGUCAACACGUCCAGCGAGAGGCAUGGAGGUGCAGCGAAAGCGAAACGCUGGAAGACGACGCAGCCAUUUGCUGUGGAAAGGUCUACUACAGCCGAGACUUGGCCAAGGAGCAUCUUCGCGAAACGCACCUGGUGGACGACGCAGCCGCUGUCGAGGAGAGGUUGGAGAAAUGCCGGUUCGGCAAUGGCUGCGAGGACAGGUUCUGGUGUGGCUUGUGCCAGGAAAUUGUCGAGAUCACGUUGAAGCAUGCCGGAGGCGGCGCGUUGUCCAAGAGGUACGAUCACAUUGACGACCACAUCUGGGGCCGAAACGGCUCUGUGAAGAAAGAGAUGUCGGAGUGGGUAUAUGUCGAUCAGCAGCACAACUCCUCAAACGAAAAGGCUCCCUCUAGUUCAACUCAACGCAACGCCAACCCAGAUGAAUCUACCAAUCAUGCCUCCCGCCGUGGCAACAAGCGCAAGCCCUCGAGGGAUGACCGAGCAGCGGCCGUUCCGAAAAAGAAGAGGCAGGCGAGACAUCCGAAGCAGGAGACAUUCUGGAAUUGCUGCUCCUGUCAAGACCCCGUUCUAAUGAACUGGGAUACAACGCUCAGCUGUAUCACUGCAGGAUGUGGCCAUGAACGUUGUAGGUCCUGCAAAAAGGAGUACCAUGAUCCGCCUGAGGAUGGUCCAUCAAAGGCUUCACAUUGA